AGAUUGCAAAGCGAAUUGAUGAGCCUGAUGACGAGCGCCGAUAGUGGCAUCUCGGCGUUUCCAGAUGGCGAUAACAUUUUUUCCUGGGUGGGGACCAUCGAGGGCGCGCUCGGGACGUGCUACGAGAACCUCAAGUACAAGCUGUCGCUGACUUUCGCGAACGAUUACCCAUUCAAGGCACCGACGGUAAAAUUUGAGACCCCAUGCUUUCAUCCGAACGUCGAUCAGUACGGAAACAUUUGCUUGGACAUUUUGAAAGAAAAGUGGAGCCCGGUGUACAACGUGAGAACGAUUUUGUUGAGCAUUCAGUCGUUGUUGGGCGAACCGAAUAACGAUUCGCCGCUCAACGUCGCCGCGGCGCAGCUCUGGGCGCAACCUGAGGAGUACAAAAAGGUGCUACUGAAGAAAUAC